CCUUCCUGUGUGUCGGGUGUCUGUCAGGUGGAGUCCUCGCUCGCGGCAGUAAACAUGUUAACUGACAUUAUUUUGGAGGAAGAGUUUGACAAGAAUGGAGAGCCUUGGUACGACCCGCAGGACCUUGAACACGACCUCCAUUUGGCAGCGGAGCUGGGGAAAACCCUCCUCGACAGGAACCAUGAGCUGGAGCAGGCCUUGAAGCAGAUGUACUCCACCAACCAGGAGCAGCUGCAGGAGAUAGAGUACCUAACCAAGCAGGUGGACCUGCUGCGCCAGAUGAACGACCAGCAUGCCAAAGUGUAUGAGCAGCUAGACAUGGCCGCCAAGGAUCUGGAGCAAGGCAACCAGAGACUAGUGCAGGACAACCGCCUGGCCCAGCAGAAGAUCCGUAGUCUAACAGAGGCCAUUGAAGGGCUUCAGACCUACAUGGAGGACCUGCAGACUCAGGUGGAGGAGCUAAAGACCGCCCAGGCAGAGCGAAACAAAAGAGAUCUGGCAGAGCAGCGACGCAACCUCGGAGCACAAAGUGUGUCCUGUCUCAAAGAGCUGUAUGACUUACACCAUGACAGGCAUCUUGCCCAUGAUAGUUGGCGUGCAGACGGACUCUGGUCACAGCAGGGCUCUUUCUAUGACCAAGACAGACGCCAAGACCCAGAGGAGGAGAAUGCGGCACUCCAGCGCUCCAUCCAGACCCUUCAGAGCCAGAUAGCUAUGGAGCGGAGCCGCAGGGAGGCUGCAGAGCGGGAAAGUGAGUUGACAGUCAGGGAGAACAGAGGCCUGGAGCAGCGGCUGGCCUUGCUGGCCGGCUGCCGGGUCAGGCAGAAGGAGCUGGAAACCGAAGUGGAGCAGCUGCGGCUUCUGUGGCGCGCUGACUGUGCCAACAGUGUCAGAAGACUGGACCAGCUGCUGUUGCCUGAUACAGUAUUCUUUGCCUCAGAAGAAAGACCCAGCCCGGGGCAGGAUGAGAUGGAGGAGAAGGUAGAAAAGGAUGAGGAGCAGAGAAGAUACAUCCGGCAGAGGUGUAACAGCGACAGUGUUUUGAGGACGACAAAUCCAGAUGAGAUUCGCCGUGGUCACGAGCAGCUGUGUAUAAGGCGAGUGGAGGCUGUGAAACAGAGGGGCAUCUCUCUGCUCAACGAGGUGGAUGCCCAGUACAGCGCACUGCAGGUGAAAUAUGACGAGCUGCUGCGGCGGUGCCAGCAGGCGACAGACGAGCUCAGCCAUAAAGCCGUCCAGACGUCCAGCAGUGCCUUUGCGAGCAGCCGGACCCGCCGCCGCCUGUCCAGCUCAGCUGCUCUGUCCGAUCUGACAGUGGUUCUGGGAGACGGACAGCCGCCCGAGUACAAGGCUCUGUUCAACGAGAUCUUCACCUGCAUCCAAAAGACCAAAGAGGACCUCAGCGAGAACAGGCGUCCAUUCAAGGACAGUGAUUCCCAGGGCUCUGCCAAAUGAUCGGAUCAUUCAUCAUCCUGGAACUUGCACUGGUUCGUGUCUAAAAGUUUUGACAAAGGAGAAACUUUGAGGUUGCUUUGCUAUAAAAAUAUCCAGAGGGGGCAGAUGCAAUAAGCACACUCAUCUUAGCUAUGCUGCAAUCUUCUUAUCUCCUGUCAUUUUGACACACCUAUGCUUUUGUUAGUCAGCACUGUUCCUUUUAUUCCGUCCUCAUCAAAGUGUUAUAAAAGUUGUUGCAUAAAGCAGCUGUAUGAUUUUUAAGUAAAAAGUUCAACCACAAAUAUACAAAAAACUAUAGAUGUUAAAGAAGUAUUAUAUGGGGGGAAAUUUAUAGUUAGAUAAAUAUGUACAAUCAGAACCUCGGCUAAUAAAAAGUGCAUUUUAGUGUGUUGCUUGACCUCUAAAUCGACAAGUAUUAUGUCCACCUCCAACAGUAUUCGCUGUUUAUAUAAUGUUAACCCUGUUACCACUUGAUCAUUUGGUGCUUGGAAGAGAAAUUAACACACUGAUUGUUGUUUGUGUGUUGAUAUAAGUUGGAUAUGUAGCUGUUAUGUAUGACUUAUGCAAACGGAAAUGUUGUAAGAGGAUGAAAAACCCGCAGCUAUGUAAUAACUAAAGACUUAAUAAGUUUAUGAUAAUUAGCUUAACGACUAGUGGGAGUUUUUGUAAGUUGGCAAUAGUUGGUUCAGCAGUUGAGGGUCAUUGGCAUGUCACCAGAGAAAUAUCAGUGGACACUGUAAAACUGUUCUUAAUAGUCUUUGCUUCCUGUUUUCAUGUCUGUACAACUUCUGACAAGUGUCUCUGUGCCAGUAGGACACGUAACAGCUCUGCACUUUUUAUGACUGAAUCACAUUUUCUGCUUUAUUUAUUUUUUUUGAAAGAAGUUUAAAUUAUAUUUAUUUUCUUUUUUGCUAAACAUUCAGAGUAGAUUGGCCAACUGAGAGUGACUGGAAGUGAAAUUAAAUGUACACUGAGGUGCUUA